UGAGAUUGGUUUCAAGAGUAAGUUCCCUGACUCGGGAAACGCAAUCGAAACCACAGUAGCUACAGUCGGUACAAAUAGUGCCACGAGGCACUCAGUUAAUUCAUUUCUCGUUGAGCCUAGAACUGUUUCGAGAACCCGUAGUAAGUGUAAAAUCAUUAUCGGAGCUGAUAAAGGUCGUAAAACCUUCAAUGAGUAAUGUGUGUUAGUAUAAGGAAGUCAUGAAAUUGGUUCUGUGGUGUUACUUAUUUCUAUUUCUAUGUGGUUCAUUACAAACACAGAAUCCCGAUGGAAAGAGCCGCAAAUUGAGCGAUGGCGUUGAAUUCAAUGAGGUUUCCCGGUCGGCACUUCUGAAGAUCCUCGGGGACGUUGAAGAGAAUAUACACCACAAGCUACAGAAGAAGAAAAAUGUGAAGCCAACCUUCACUGCGACCUUUGCCAACAACAUCUACACAAAGCCACAUAUUUAUCCCAAGUAUAAAAAACAGUAAAAUA